UAUGCUAACUUCAGACAAUUUUACCGUGUAUUUUCAUCAUUCUACCCUCAAAAUUAGUUGUAAUCCAUGUACAAAUGCGUACUGAUUCGUUUGCAACCCUAUAUAGCUGCUUGGUAAUAAUGGUAAUAUGAAUAAAUAUUGCUAUCCAGAUUCAGGCAUUUUCGGGCAAACGCCAACUUGCCCCCCCCCCCCCCCCCCUUCACCCAUAAUGGGAGUCAGUACGCCUUUGGAAGCAGCGAAUCAGUGCGCCAAUAGAAGCAUGUCACCUCACAUUUCAUCUACGUGCAACAACGUGAGGAGGGGGAGGGGUGUCACAUACCAUUUAUGAGAGUUAAAUUAAUGUUUUUUAUUAACAACCCUGACUUUGAAAAUCGUAAUUACAUUUUUUUUAUUUUUUUUUAUUUAGUUACUUUUUUUUUUUUUUAUUAUUAUUAUUAUUUAUUUUUUUUUUUUUUUUUUUGGGGGGGGGGGAGUAUGUUACGUCAGUGUACCCUGCACUGGUUUCAACCUCUUGUGUAUACUGCAUAACAACUGUAUAACAAUUUAUUAGCAAUGAUAAUAAUAUUUGCACAAAUAGUUAAUGUCUCAUAUUACAAACAAUCAGAGCCGCAGCUGUUUAUACUCCGUAAAUAUUUGCCGGUGCGCCUGGCCAGACGACAAUUAUUUACGCUACAUAUUUCCAUAUAGCGUUAAUGGCUAUAACACCUUUACUAAUAUCAGAAGGCCCAUGUUUUUCAUGCACCUUUACCUGCCUGGGGGCCAAGUACUUCAAAAAGAACAGUCCCAGUUAACCAGCUCUUUCUCCCAGGGUAUUGGUUUAAACAAACACACCCACUAAACCUGGCCGGAGUACACCCAUUUUAUAGAAAAAAAUUGCUAAAUUUGCAUGAGCCGGAAUUGGCACAAAAAAGUCUUCAAUGUCACCAAGUUACACAUGUCUGCAAACUACAUGCUCUCGCCUGUCAACUCUAGUCUUAUAGUUGCCACUUCAAAACUGUCUGUCAUGAAAUAAUUGUAGUCAAACAAUAGACUACUUGCGCGGAUAUAUUUCCGGUUUUCUGGUCAACCAAAUGGAUAGAUAACUGAGAUUUGUGCCCGCGUCGAACUUUGACACGGAACACUCUUCUUUUGUACUAUGCAACCCAAGAGCGACCUCGCGAGUCCGACAAAGCGAAACUAAUACGAGUCACGGAAAUAUUUAACUAUCCAGACAUUUUGAAAUUACGACAAACUAUAGGAAAAAGACAUACGUCAUAUAAAACUACAAGGAAGUAAUUCACAACCAGAUCAGGCAUUUUGAAACAGGACGAAUUCGAAUUGACAAGAUGGCGACAUGCAAAUCAAGUAGUCAGACUGGUCGUGACAGCUGGCAGAGCAGAAAAUCUCUUUCAAAAUGUCUCAGACAUUCUCUUGAAAAUAGAAUGUUCAGUGAUGUGACAUUCAAGGUGGGAAGAGAACAGAAGAGCGUCCAGGCUCACAGACUGAUUGUCAGUAUUCGCAGCGGCGUGUUCGAGGCCAUGUUCUACGGACCAUUGGCAGAGCAGGAUGAGAUCAUCAUUCCGGAAGUAGAACACGACAUAUUUGAACAGUUUCUAAGGUAUCUCUACACAGAUAAGGUCACAAUGGAUGGUGCCAGUGUAAUGGGUUUGUUGUACGUAUCAAAGAAGUAUGACGUCAAAACCCUGGAACAGAAGUGCCUGGCGUAUUUAUCUUCAUCGAUCACGACAGACAACGCCUGUGUGAUACUGGAACAGGCCCACGUGUUUGAUGAGCAGGAAUUGAAAGAAAAAGCUCUGACUUUUAUUUUGGAAAAUGGAGAUGCCGCUCUAAAAUCAUCUGGAGUUAUCGAAGUUUGUCAGGAAUGCUUGGUUAAGAUCAUACAAGCGGAAGAACUGGUGGCCGAUGAACAAUCUGUCUUUGGCGCUGUUGUGGCGUGGAGUGAGAGCGCGUGCAGGAAACAGAACAAAGUUGUAACUCACGAAAACAGACGGCAGGUGCUUGGGGAAGCCACAAAGCACGUGCGGUUUCCCUUACUUGACCAGAAGUAUUUCGUAAAAAAUGUACCACCAACUAACUUGCUGACUGACACAGAAAAAUUCAAGAUCUUGGCACAUUGGGUGUCUCCUGAUGAAAGCGUUUUACCAUUUAACGCCAACAAGCGCAUAGGUAUUAUCCGUCAAGAGAAAAUUAUAAUACAACGUCUAACCCUAGUGUAUUUUUCUUCAAAUGCAUAUCCAUGUACUAGUGCUGUAGAUCAUGGAAUUAUGUUUUCUGUAAACCAAGACGCAUCACUACUAGGAUUCCAGUUGUAUGGUCCCAAAAGCAGAACCACUGCAAAUUAUGACAUCAGAGCUUUCAUAACUGACCCGACAACAGAUGACGUAAUCGAAGGUUCAUCAGUGACAAAGUCAGUCUCAGUCGCAGCUGGGACGACAACAUAUGACGUGGAGUUUCCUCGACCUCUAAAACUGAGUAAAGACAAGAAGUACAAUCUGAUUGUUAACGUCGAUGGGCCUGACUCACACUGGGGGAAGUCGGGCAGAUCUACAGUACAGAACGGGUCGUUUGUGUGCUCAUUCUUCAACUGCCAGAAAUCCAAACACAGUAAGAAACCAAACAUGUGUACAGAUGUGACUGGAGGACAGAUCCCUGGUUUGAUGUUCUUAGUAUGACAACCUGUAGUUGGAGAUUAUGUUAUAGUAGAGUAGUGUUAGUAUGGAGUCAUCUUCCUAGUAGUAGCUAGUGAGACUUUCUCUAACAGCCCAUCUAGUAGAGCAUUGGAUUCUUAUAAAUCAGUGCUCGAAAUACUGCCGUCCCGGCCACUUUUUGUCGGUGAACGUCACCAUGGGCUGGGAAAUAUGUUUGCCUUUAUAUUUUAUGAUCAUGUUUGGUCUGGUAGGUUUUGAUUUAGUUCCAUUCCAUUCAGUAUUGGUUGUUUUACAUGUAAAUGUUACAAUUUGUGGCCCAGAGACCCGGGACAUACAUUGACUUGAUGGUGUAGUAGUGUUGGUAUAAUGUCCCC